UGCGGAAGUUGGUGUGAUCAUACGCAACGCAGUCCCACUUCAAGAAGUGCCUCCUCAACGGAAGGUGUGAUGUUCUUUCGGUGACUUUUCAAAAUUUCUGCUGGUGUUUAGUGCUGAGAGAUUUAAUAUUUAAUUAAAACACCUACCCUGUGGUCACAGUUUUAUAGUUAUUGCUUCGCUAAUGCACCUUACCCACGAGGAAACUACGCAUGCUCAUCCAAAGUACCCUACAAGUGUUCGUGUUGUUGAAGUUGGUCCACGAGACGGUCUACAGAAUGAACCACAAAUUGUUCCAACUGAAGUGAAAAUAGAGUUCAUCAACCGUUUAUCAAGUGCUGGAUUUAAAACAAUAGAGGUUACAAGUUUUGUAUCACCAAAAUGGGUUCCUCAAAUGGCAGAUCACAAGGAAGUUUUAAAGGGCAUAAAGAAAUGGGAAAAUGUAAGCUACCCUGUACUUGUCCCAAAUCUCAAGGGACUUAAUGCUGCUAUUGAAGCUGGAGCUAAGGAGGUAGCAGUUUUUGGUGCAGCUUCUGAGACAUUUAGCAAGAAAAACAUCAACUGUUCUAUCAGUGAAAGUCAACAGCGGUUCAAGGAAGUAAUAACUGAAGCUUUAAACAAUGGCAUUAAAGUAAGAGGCUACGUCUCCUGUGUAUGCGGCUGCCCAUAUGAGGGAAAAAUUCAGCCUGAAGCCGUUGCGAAGAUGGCUGCUGCUCUUUACGAAUAUGGGUGUUAUGAAAUUUCGCUUGGCGAUACUAUUGGUGUUGGCACUCCAGGUUCCAUGAGAACGAUGCUGGAAGAAGUGAUGAAACAUGUACCUGUCAAAAGUUUAGCAGUCCAUUGUCAUGACACAUAUGGACAGGCAUUAGCCAAUGUCCUCACUUCUUUAGAGUGUGGUGUAACAGUUGUGGACUCAUCAGCGUCUGGGCUAGGUGGCUGUCCAUAUGCCAAAGGUGCAUCAGGGAAUGUUGCCACUGAAGACCUUGUCUACAUGCUACAUGGAAUGGGCAUUGAAACAGGAAUUGACAUGGAAAAGCUUCUUGAAGCUAGUGAAUUUAUUGCAAAUAGUCUUAAAAGGCCAACUGGUUCUAAAGUGUGUCAAGCUCUUAGCAAGUUAUGAUAUAUUAACAAAAAGCAUCUUGGCUGUAUUUGUAUCUGUGAUCAUACCUCAUUAUAAUAACUCAAAACAAAUUCAGUACUUGUGAGUGUAAUAUAUUCUAUUUUGAGGCGCUACUUUAGUCCUGAGCAACAUAUUUUGAAACUGUUAAGCAAAACUACCUACGAAAUAGCAAUACCUGUUAGUAACUCAGCUGUGUGAAUAGUAGAUGUCUGCCUGCUGCACACUCAACCUUUCAGUUUUUGAAAAGUAAUUAUUUCUCAUCAUUGUAGUUUGUUAAAAAAAAAAGUAAUUCCAAAUUAGAUUUGUGGAUUUCCCAUUGUAAGAGAAGUAAUAUUUUAUAUUUAUGGGGGCAAAGACUGAUAUUUUGCAACCAUUAUAUUUCUGUGUUAUCUGGUACAUGAUUUGCUCAUCAUUAAUCUGCACCUAUAGUUGGGGCUACUAACGCAUGCUGGGGUGGUGCCACUUGUCUCAGUGCCUCUCCUUCAGUCAUCAUCAUCAUACAAACAUGACAGUUGACAGCCAUUACAGUCACCUACUCUCAGCAGAUAACAAAAGACACAACCCUCAUUCACGGAGAGAAGAGACUAUUGUGUGUGGAAGAAGGAAACCCUUUACAGUUAGGCAUCUGAAUCUACCCCUGAGGAACUCCCAGCCAACAAAGCCAAACACUUUCUUUUUGCUUUAAACUGAUACAAACAAAAGUUCAUUAACUUAGAAAGUAAGCUACUAUAAGAAUUACUGGAUUACUAAUGGCCCAGUGAUAAAGUGCCAGAUUUAUGAUCCAAAUGUCUUGGGUUGUCUUCUUGGUCAGUUCUAAGGUUUUUGUCUGUUACUUAUAAAUUUUUUCAUCUCCAGCAACGUUUGUUAAUGUUGAAAAUGCAAAGUUGUGCACUAUUACUUUACCACUGAGGUAUGCGACAAAUUUGUUAAGAUACAGCAUUCAAAAAAUCAUCCAGUUAGCCGGAUUUCAGUUUUCCUUGACUUCCGUAAAUCACUUAAGGCAAAUAUCAGGGUGAUUCCUUUCAAAGUACAUGGCAGAGUUACCUAUGCUUGUCCUAUCUGCGCAUGCGCUGCCUUUAAUAGCCUUGUCAUCAAUGAGGUACUAAAUUUUGAUCCAACAAAUAGUCUCUUACACUAGUGUUAAUGACUUCGACCAGCAGUUGUCCUGUGAUGAUGCUGCUUCCUUAGUUAUCACAAGUAAAUAUCAAAAUAGUCUUAAUAAUUCAUCAAUAUUUAAUGCAAUUUACUGAUUUAUAACUUGGUUUUUGCUGGCAGCAUUGCUAUAGUGUAUUGAACUACUGACACACACAUCACACUUCAUUUCCUGUUGUUCCUGGGAUUAUGUUAUGUUAAUGUUACAUAUUUUUUUACUGAUUUCUGUAGGGAAUCAUAUUCAUAUGUGCUGAGAUCAGAGUAAUUACUGUGUUCUGAAAUAAUUUACUUGUUAAUGAUUGUAUGGAAUUUAAAUGCUGACACUUCUUUCAUAUUUCCAUCUCUGUUCCUCAGUCUGGCUUCAGAAAUGUGUCCAUUUCAGUAAUACAGAGAAAGCAUUCCAUUUACUGUGUAAGUUUCUACUUUCAGGUAAAAGCAGAUUUUGAAAAACAAUUUAUCAGUGAAAAUAUAAAUUUGAGUUGUUUGAUAGGAUCUUCAAAGAAAAAGUCCCCAGAGUUAAACUUUAUCAGGUUGAAGGAUGUCAGCCAACAUACACACUGCCAGCUUUUAAAUUCGGAAUUUACUUUUAUUUGCUGAGGAGGAAGAAACAGAGCUAAUAGGCCGUCAACUUCAUCAGCUUAUACCAAUGCAUCUCAGACCCUUGUGUGUGGGGGAAUUAUAGAUUGAAUUUCUUGCAAAUAGUUUUGCACAAAACAGGGUAUAUAAGGGCAUAAUACUGUUUGCACAGCACAUAAAUUAUAUAAAAGAGCUGCAGGAAAUGAAUUCUAUUUUGGUUGCAAAGGACACUGAUAGUCACUGUCGAACCGCCUGUCAGGGCUUUCUAAGCAUUUGAAAUCACUCUAGUAUUCAAAAACGGAAUAAUAACUGGAAGAUAUAUUUCCUAAUAUCGUAGUGGAUCCAUUGAAGCCUACUUCAGUGUUUCUAAAAGUGAUUGUUUAAUGAAUUGCAUUUUGUAUUGACAUAUUUGUUUCUUCAUUUAUGUUAGUCUGUUAUGUAUACUGCUGUUAGAAUGAGAUUGUUAUUGACUUAAUGUUAUUUACAUUCCAAAAUGAUUUGUGCUCUUUUUUAAUAUUUUGUGUCUACAUAAACUCAACUAUUGAGGUAACAAUUGUUGGCUUUCAUAAUUUCUCUUGUAACCUUUUAUUUAUUUUUGUUGUGUGCUGUGUACACAGUGAAACUUAAUAAUGUGAAUCUGAGAGCAAGAAGUGCAAGAAAAAAUUGAGAGACUUCAAAAGAGAGACUGGCUGUAGAAGACUUGGAAAAAUUUUUGUACUAUACUAACACUACACGUCUGUUCAUCCUACUUCCUCACAAUUGUCCAAAAUGAAGCAUGUCACUAUUUGUAUUUUUCUGCCUCUUAACAGUGUAUAUUACGUAUUACAAGCACUACACAAAUUAAAUCAUCUAGGUUGCAUAUCAGAAUGUGUGUUUGCAGGUAUUAGUACUGUCUGUGUUCUAUUAGAAAUUAAACAAUGGAAAAUUCA